AUGACCCAGGAUGGCCCGGGCAGCUCGCCUGUUUCACUUCAUAAUGGUUCUGUAGGUGAUUACAUUCGUCGACUGGAGAUGCAAAACGCUUGUUUUCAGGAGGCGCUCUUCCACGCAUCACGCUAUACAUCUGCAGUGCAAGGAAAGCUUUCCUUGGAUCCCUGCGAAAGUCAAGAGCUGGAGGACCUAUAUAUCUCUUGGUCUACGGCGUUGCAGCGGUGCCAGUUGCAAAGCCAGGAUCGUCUAUCACAACAUGAUCAACUCCCAGAAAGGACGGCGCCAUCUAUCUUAGCUUCUGACAGGGUGGACGGCUCUGGAUCGUCUCCGAUGCCAAGAAUCUUGCGUGAUUGCCUCAUAAUACAGACUGAUGGGGUCUCUGAGGCACUGGAAGGUCAGACCGUACACACCUACACCGCAGAACUCCGCCUUCUGAGGGAGAAAGUAGUUGUAUUACAAGAAGAAUUUAGUAAGGAGCACGAUCUUCGCGUGGCCUCAGAGAAGCUUAACACCUGUCUUCAGAGCGAGAUACGGUCGCAAGCCGAGUCUCUUAAGGAGUGUAAUGACGAAAACACUGAGUUGCAUAAUAAGAUCCGGGCCCUCAAGGCACAGAUACAUGAGAUGGACACCUCUGCUGAGACAGCAUAUGACGACAACUUGAAGCUAGCUGAACGAGUUCGUCAUCUCACAGGAUCCAUGAAUGAAAUUAGAGUACGAGUAAGCACGGUCCUCCGCCUAUUUGGAAGAAAGCCAAGUUCUCACAGGUCUGCGCGUCCAGUGUCAGCCGCAGCUGCCACAGGAAUGCGUCGUGCGAUAUCCUACGAUAUUAAUUCUGAAGGGAUACUCGAGGACUGCAAGCAGCUCCAUCUACUUGUUGCACCACUCCUAGAUGCCACCUCAACUCGUGACUCAGGUACCGCAGAUUAUUCCAGUGGCCUGCCUCUGAACUGUGAUGAGCCAGCACCAACCGCUGAGCACUCGCCACUGACGCAUAACUCUGUCAUCCAGCAGCCCCUGACAACGACUGCCGGUGACUCAUUAUCUCCACCAAGCAAGGACCUAACAUCAGCAGAGAGUACACCUUUGCCAAUGCAAGCUGUGGUGCAGCGCCUGCAGGAAUUUGAAAAGGUCAAAGAACAACUAACUCUCCUUACAGUUGAAGCCCAGAGUGCUCAGACCCUGUUACAACAUGCUGUCCACGAUAAGGAGCUAGCUGAAAAGAAGUCUUCCGAGUAUCAGGACCGGCUUUCACGUGCAGAAGCUGAGGUCAAGCGUAUGAGCAAGACGCUGCACAACUUGAUGGAGGCCAUUAUAAACUUCGAUUCAUGCUCGGACCCUCCCAUCUUCGAUACGGCUGCGAUCGCUCAGGAGUCACUAGAUUUGGUAGAGCCAGUAGCCAGGCCCAUCAUUGAAUCCCUAUCUAUACACGAUAAGAAUUCUGUCACGAUUGUUAAACUCUUGCAGCAACAGAUUGAUACCUUGAAGCUCGAAGCCGAAAAGUUGAGACUGUCCAAUCUGAUGCUGUUGAAGCGGGAGGCGUGCAACACUAGUGUCAUUCGUAACAUGGAGCAGCAACUUCGUCGUCUGUCCGACGAGAACUUUUUCCUUGCAGGAGAGAAUUCUGUCCUUCUAGGAGCGAAGGGUGUGGUAAAUCCUAACGUCGGACUCACUACGUUAACUAAUGAUAACAAAGCUCUGAGAGAGCAACUUGUAAGCAUCCAGCAGAAACAUUCUCAGCUUAAGAAUGAGCACGACAAGCUAGUAUCUAGUUACAAGGCGCUUAAGAUAGAGCUUGAUGAGGAGCAGGGGCGACGCGCCAGAGCUGAGGAUCGAUGUACAAUAAUGCGGGACGAGAUUCAGGAACUCAAUGACUGUCGUCGAUCGCGAUCUGCAUCUCGGGCUGGUAGUCGCAGGAGUAGUGUAAGUGGCCCGCCAUCCGUCAACGGCUUUCGUGAUGAUCCACAAGGAGCUAAUGACAUCAUUCGCAGCCUCAAGCGGACAAUUGCGACAGUUCGUCUGGAGAAUGUUAGUCUAUCAAGCCAGAUAGAGACUCUCAUCUUCAGCGAAGCUAGAACUAAGCAAUGUGUCACUCAACUCAUGCUAGAAAAUCAUAAGCUUGUUACUGAAGCAGUCUGCAGAGAUGUUUUAGUGUCUGCCCUGCAGAACGAGGCACAGCGCCACCAACAGACUCUUCUUCGGAUGUGCGUUCUCGCCCCCUCAGAUAACGCUCACGAGAAGCUAAACGAACACAUAGCCAAGUUAGAAGAGCAAUUGUUGGCCAGAGACAAAGCUUUAGAAACACUACAUGAGGAGCGUGUCAAGCUAGCGACGAAGGAAGCAGCUCUUUGCAUGGAUAUAGACGGGCUGUCCACGGAGAAUGUACGCCUUACCAUAGAAAAUGGCAAUUUGAUCAAUCAAUUAGAAGUCUUAAAACAGCCACAACGGCACUCUCCAGACGCUCAGACUGCGUCCUGUAUUACGAAUAGGACAGCCACAGAAACGGUAGAUAAGAUCUGUGUCAGCACCCCUAACUCCUGUGAAGGAGCAUCCAAUAGUAGGUUACUAUUUACGUUGGCGAGGGCUGACAUAGUUCUCAACCAGAAGCAUCCUUCUAGCGACAGCUGCGUAGAGGCGGAGCUUUCAAGAGUUUCUGACUCCAUGGACAAAUUAGCUCUGCAAAACAAACACCUUCAACAUGAAAAUAUCCAAAUAAAACAUCGUCUCAAAGAAGUCGAGAGACAACACCUGGUACCGCAUGAUUCCUUGCUCAGAAUGGCACGAUACUUGAAUGAGAAAGAAGAGGAGCUUUUCAUUAUUGUAGAGAUGGCUCAGACUCAUAAUUCCCAGUUAGUUGGGCUCCAUAACUACGUCAACAGACUCAUGAAUGAGUGCCUUUCUCCAGUUGAAAAUGACAUGCGCCCCUCAAUAGAAGCAUCGGAUGUCACAUCUCUCCAGAUCAAGCAGCUCCUUAGACAGCUUGUCAAGGAGGUGAUCUCCUUGAAGCCCAUGGCCAUAAGCUCUAGAACAGCCAGUCUCCGUGUCUCUACCGCUUCUGAGCUUCUCCAACGAUUCACUUCAGCAUAA